UCGGUGGUUCAAGCUUCCCGUGGCCAUCGUUUUGGGGCCAGUCUUUGGCCUCGCGCUACUGCCGUUCGGUGCACGUGUCGUGUGCAGGAUGAAUUCGCGGUGGUUUUCAAUUCGGUUCGGUUCGAUUCUUGCUGCUGAUGCCUUGGAAUGAUGUGUUGUGAGUGGCGCUAGCUAGUUAGUAGCGGUUAACGCAGCGCAAAAAAAAAAAAUUGAGACCACUGGAAGAACCACGAAGAAGAAGAGAGGGGAUAAUCGAGGGAUUCAAAUCGUGCGUGCGUGUGACUGUGCGGACCGUGUUUCCACCAUUGACUCCAUUCAACUUCAUCCUCUACAAUCCACAAACCCCAAACCGCGUGGGGAGGGACUUCGUUGAGGGGAUUCCGUGUUCAGGCCAUUCAGAUUGGCGAGUGGUGUCGGCGAGCAAAGGCGAGUUGGAACUGGAAUCCUGUGGAGGGGGGGAGGGGCAAGGUUAGCCUGGCGGAGCGGAACUGUACUGUCAAAAUCUACAACAGAGGCGGAUCCAUCGUAAUGCUCAACCGUAUCGAUGAGACACGAUUGGAUGUCUCGGUAGUUUAGAUAAUGCUGAAGCUACCCAAAGGACUGAAGAAGAAAAAGAAAGGCAAAAAGUCAAAGAAAGACCAGGAGCUAUUCACCGAGGAGGAGCUAGAGCAGUACCGGCGGGAGCACCAGAACCAAUCGGCGCUCAAUUCGGCGGCCCCAUCGGACAGCGAGGAACAGCAGCAGCAGCCGCACCAGUCGCACCAGUCGCACCAGUCGCAUCACCAGCCGUCGGCGGCGGCAUCGUCGGCAUCGGUAUCGGGUGCGGGCGGCGAAAAGUCGGGCGAAACCGACGAGGAAUGGUCCAAGUUUGCGGCCCUCACCAGUGGCAUUGACUCGGUGCUGAAGAAGACCCAGGGUGAUCUCGAUCGCAUCAAGAGCACCUCGUUCUUCCAGAAGGUUCCAACCAAGGUCGAGCAGGAGGAGCGAGAGCGGGAGGAGCGCGAACGCUGCGCAGAGGAGGAACGCCGGAAGGCGGCCGAAGAGGCGGCUAGGGCCGAGGAGGAGAAACGGUCGGCGGCGGAGGAGCUGAUCGGUGCGGUUGUCGAGCUAUCCGACUCCGACCACAACAACUCGGAAACCGAGGAGGACAUCUUCGAUACCGGCUACAUCGAUGCGAUUGCCCGCGGGGAGCUACCGAUCGCGUACGUGCCCGAGUCGCCGGUACUAGAGUCGUUCGACGGACCGGACCCGUUCGACACCUCGUACGCGGAGAAGGUCAUCAAGGGACCGGAGGUCUCGAAGCGGGGCAAGAAGCUCGUCUGCAUCGGGUCGGCCGUUGAGGUACUGACUGGGCGCGUCGAGGGUGCCGGUACCGGGGCAGCUAAAACCCGCCGACAGCGCCGUGGACCGCAGAAUCUACUGCUCGCCAGUUUCGACGAGGGUGACCAACAGCAGCAGCAGCAGCAGCAGCAGCAGCAGCAACCAGGGGCCGAACAGGGCAAUGAGGCUGUAGCGAGCGUACAGAAGGAUUCGCCGGCCCUUACCCUGCUCGAUGAUCCAGCCGAUCUACCGACAUCGAACAUUGAGAUUGACUUGAGCGUAUCGCUCCACUUGAAUCUACAGAAGCAGCAGCAGCAGCAGCAGCAGCAGCAGCAGCAAGAAGAAGAAGAACACUCCCAGCUCCCAGAGCAGCCGGAUCUUGACGAGUUUGACGAGCUAAAGUCCCGCGAACCAGUGCUGGUGGCCGGUAGUGACAAUCUUGAGCUACUGUUAGGAAAGCCAGAAGCAGAAGCAUCUGUACCUGGUUCGCCCGGUGGGACCACCGGUGUCCUCAACCUAGACGCCUUUGACGCACCGGAAUCGGACGAUCCAUUCUAUACCGGGUUCGUGGAGCGGCUGCUACCGGCAACCGCCGUCGAGGACGACGAGUUUGAUCCACGCGCGAUCACAGAAGAGGAAGCAGCGGCGGCGACUGCAGCAGCAACCGAGCAGCAGCCCGACGCCCGGCGUGCCAUCACACCGGAUCUCUUCUCAGCGGGGGCUGAGGUGCCCACACCUCAGGUCGCCUUGCAGGAUCUCCUAUCCGUGAGCACCUCCGAUCUAACUGGGCUCGGUGACAAACCGCUCGAGGUAGCGACCGCAGGACAGGUACUACCACCACCCGGACCACCCGGAUCGACUACCACCGGUGCCGGAUCGGUGCCGGCGGCGGCGGCGGCGGAUCCGUUCGAUACGACAGCGAUCGACCUGAUCGUAGCACCGGGCAAGGCCGAACUUAAGUUUCUCGAGGAGGAGCUGCUGUCGGGGGCGGAACCGCGUGGUCCCGCUGCGACCAUUACCCACUCGCUGAGCGAUCCCGACUUUGAUCCACGGGCCGACGACGACAACGACAACGCGGGAACCACCGACCACAGGACCGGACCGGAGGAGGAGGAGGACGCACGGUUCGAGCAGGAUCUGCAGUCGCUGGUACAGCGCAAAUCCUCGCUGAGCCUGCACAUCGGUGCCGGUAGUGUCGGUAACGGUGGCGGCGGUGCCGGUCCCGGUACCAACCGCAGCAAAUCGGUCGUGUUUGCCGUUGCGACGCCGGAUCUGCUGAAGCUCGACGGUGCUGACCAUUCGUCGGUGACGAAGAAACCGCUGACGCCGUACUACAGCCGCGAAUCGUCCCUGCCGGACUUGGAGGCGGAUCCGUUCGAUACCUCGUUCGUGCCACCGGUUGCACCGACCACACUCGAGCUUAGUCUGCUCGAGCAGGAGCUGACCAGCGCUAGCGCGAACCAGGACGACUUUAAUCCGCGAGCCGACGAACAGACGGAUCAGCCAGCGGUUCGGGCCGCGGAUCUACUCGGUGCCGGUUACGAACAGACAACCGACGCCCAGAAGGUGCUGACACCGGCGCGUCCCGGUGCCGCAACUGGAUCAGCGGAUCAGCAACAGCAGCAUCAGCAGCUGCUGCAGCAGCAGCAGCAGGAGCAGGAGCUCGAUCCGUUCGAUACGACGAUCGCGCACAAUUUGCAGCCGGGACGGACUGAGCUGAAGCUGCUGGAGGACGAACUGAUACCGAGCAUCCCGACGGUCGUUACCGACAUCCUGUCCGACGCGCCCCAAGAGGCUAGCUCGGUGUUUGUCAAAGUGCUAACACCGCAAAUUGGUGGCCGCGGUUCACUGGACUUUGGUGAUAACAACAACGGGCAGGAGCAGCGGCAGCAGCAGCAGCGCGAGUGCGAGGUCGACCCGUUCGAUACGUCGAUCGCGGAAAAUAUUGGACCAGGCCGAACCGAGAUUAAGCUGCUCGAGGACGAGCUGAUUGAUCAUCACUACUAA